CGCCUUCUCUAUUAGACACUGGCUUCAAGAAGUUUGCUCAAAGUUGUAUUGGAAAAUUUCCCAGUAAAUAUGGCUGCUGACCAGACAUUUUUGUGGAGUCAUGGGAAACCCCAAGAGUCUGUGCCACUCCAAGAUUUCAACAUUACUGAAGGGCAAGACUGCAACGCUGAGACUUGGCACGUCACUUUUAGAGCGUUUACCGGCUCAGAAGAAUCAGACCCUGUGGAAGACCUGCGGAGGCUCCAAGAGCUCUGCCAUCUGUGGCUGAGGCCAGAUGUCCACACCAAGGAUCAGAUUCUGGAUAAGCUGGUGAUGGAGCAGUUCAUGAUCUCCAUGCCACAGGAGCUCCAGGUCUUAGUCAAAGAAAGUGGCGUAGACAGUUGCAAAGACCUGGAGGACAUGCUAAGAAGCAAUGCGAAACCCAAGAAAUGGACCGUAGUCAGUUUACAAGGACAGAAAUUUCUUCUGCGAAAUUCGGAUGUUGUGAUGGCUGAAGCUGAGGUCAGUGACACAGAUGAUGUGACAGACUUGUCCAGAAAGCCUCCAUCCUCUGUGAGUAAGACAGAGAUACAUCCUGAGAACAGCCAGAAGGUCUUCCAAAAGCUGGAGAAUGUGCCGAGAAUUGAUGAAAUGUCAAGGGGACAGAGAAUCCUGCAGUCUAACCUCUCAAAAGAGUCUGUGAGGGCAGAGGAUGGGAAGAACCUCCAAGAAGCAACUUGUAUUAAAAAUGUGGAUGCCGACGUACCUUGCACCCAUGGUUCAGAGACAGAGGUUUUGACCCAGAGUUGGAAAGGAAAAGACUCUUGGAGUCCAAGGGAUCCCCAAAGAAGAAAACAGGGCAAUACCUCCAUUCCCCAAGAGGUGCCUCAAGGAGCCAUGUCAUUGGACACGGAGGAAUUCUCCAGACAACUCAGGUCUAACUCAAAGCAUUCACCAAUCACCAUGGGACCAUUUGGUCAUUCGGUUAGGAAAGAAGCCACGAGACAGACACCGUAUGAGUGUGGCACAUGCAAGAAAAGAUUUAAUUAUGAAUCUCAGUUGAACGUUCACCAGAGGACACACACAGGAGACAGACCCUUCAAGUGCAUGGUCUGUCUCAAGGGUUUCAUGCAGUCCUCAGACCUCCGAGUUCACCAGCGGGUCCACACCGGGGAGAAGCCGUACACCUGUAAAGUCUGCUUCAAACAGUUCACCCACGACUCCACCCUGCGAAGUCACCAGCGGGUCCACACAAAUGAGAAACCUUACCAGUGUGAAGUCUGUGACAAACACUUCAACCACAAAGGGAACCUCAAUGUCCACCUGCGCACUCACUCGGGGGCAAAGCCCUACCUGUGUCACCAGUGCCACCAGGACUUUCGUCAGCUGGGAACUUUGAAACGGCACCAAAAAACACAUUUGAAAGUGACCACUCAAAGAUUCUGCCAUCAAGCCCAAGUCCCUUCCGCUCAAGAAGGAAAUUGA